CUCGUGAUCAAGGUGAUAUACGAUAAGGAAGUGUUUCGUGCUAAACAAGAAGAGCUCGAGAAGAAAAACGAAAAGAAGGAAUUGGCAUCGCAGACAGUUUAAGAUCACGUGGCAGGAUACAAAGUAAGACAGGAAGGAUGGCAGGAAGAACGGCAGGACGUGGCAGAAAGCCCUCUAUGUCUUUUUCCAUGGAGCAGUUGGGUGUUUCUAAGGGAGAAGCAUUAUCACCACCACUUUUACAACCGUCGCCGAGUUAUCCUCCAUUGGAUCAUAAGCCUCUGCCUAUCCAGAUGACCACUGAGAUGAGUUACUUGGUCGAACUGAAGAGGGAUUUUACUGAGUAUAUGCGGGAGUCGCCGAACAAUGUACAAACUGUCGUAUUAAAUGAAGAUAUUGAACGAUUCUGCGAGGAUUAUGAUGAAACUAUUAUGACCAAUAAAUCAGAGUACGAAUCAAUGCACGACUGGAGUAGGAUGCCGAUGGAAUUGAAAUCAUCGCGAAAACGCAAGUUGAGUGAUCAGCAACAGAGCACGCAACCAAACAAGAAACAAAAGGUUGUAGAUAUUGAUAAAAAACUAGCCGAACUAGAAAAGAAAGAAAGUGCACAACAGGCUGAUGCGGAGAAGAAAACCAAGCAAGAAGGAGAGGAAGAGGAUGAAUCCGAGGAGAAGGAGGGCGAGCGUGUGAAGAACGAAAAUGAGAUAGAUGAAGAGAUGGAUGAUGGAACUGAUUAUGCGAACGAGUACUUCGAAAACGGAGACAAUUACUAUAGCGAAGAUGAGAAUGACGAUGGACCUAUCUUUUUUUAAUGCAUAAACGCAGUGCGCCUUUAAUCUCAGAGAUAGCGACUCGUCUUGGAGCUUGGAGUAUUGACAAGUUGCUGUAAACUCAGCUGACUCGUACGAUGUGUGAAAUUUUUAUUAGUCAAUUUUUAUCUUUAAUUAUACGCUGUUAAUUUGUUGUUCUGAUCUAUUGAUUAGCGUGCGUGGAAUAAACGAAGACAGAAGUCGUUCAUGUGACUCAAUAGAAUAAUAUAGCUUGGAGAUAUAAAUCUAAUAUUGAUUAUAUUGUUUCCUUUCUAUUUUUUUUAUGGGCGCAAAGAAACGAAAUCUUUAUUUUUAACUUUAACAUCAUAUGGCAGUACUAAACUUUAGACAAAGAGACAUUGUACAUUAGUAAUCGUUUAUUAUAUAUUCGUUAUAGUUUAUUACGCUUUCCUCUGUUUUAUUGAGGAGGGGAGUAAUCAUUGAUACGACGCACUCGAAAUAGGAGGCACGUAGCGGGACAAUGAAAACAGUCCACAGGAAUCACAGGAAGCGUCGGCGUGUUCUUUAUUACGAGUAUUUCAAUUUCUAAUAUAUAAUAUAUAUUUAUAUAUAUAUAUAAUAUAUAUAUAUAUAGCCAUAAUAAUCUGCAAUUAUUGUAAUAAAUGACCCGCCUCUAUGAUGCGAUCGGAUAGUAAAAACGUAAAUAUUCGGGACGAGUGAGUCCAGGGAGGAGAAAAAGGAGGGGGAAACGGGGUAAGGAAGGUGAUUGAAAUGCGCAAAAGUACCGUAGUGUUACGUAAUGCUCAUUACGCACACCUCGUUUAGUCCUGGUAUCUCGAUUUCUUAUCUCUUUUUCUUUUUUGUUUCUUGGAACGAAUAUUUGCGAAUUCACGCGGCGAUUAUAGUGACGAAACAAAUGUUAAAUCGUGGAGGAGCGAUCACCUGAAAGACUGCCUAACCAGUCACUGAUCAUUCUUCGAGUUUCUGACCCGUCCCUCAAGGCCGAGUUUGUGAUCGCAGGAUGUUUUCGGAUUAUUCAGAGGUCCGAAUUCUUUGCGAGAAACGAUCCGGCAGACCGGGAAGAAUUGCAUGAAUUCUUUUAGGCGCAGUAUAACGGUAAAAGAGCGUCAUGAUUUGGCAGUAAAUUGAACAAUUUUUUAUAACGACGAAUCUUUGAUACCAUCUUCGGCUGAAGGAUUCAAAUUGUUUUAAGAACUUAGUAAAGUGCUCGAACGCUUAUCGCAAACAAUUCGAACCUAAUCGUCCACAAUGAUCGUUUGCAUAUUCUUCGUGUGAAAUUAUGUGUGUAAAUUCUUCACGUAUGACAAAUUAAUACACAUCAUUCUCGCGUUUCUCUCGAGUGUCCCUAAACAGUAUAAGAUAGUUUCUCUACGUUGAGCCAAUUAAUGCGCGUAUAUUAUAAUAAUCGUAUACGAAUAAAAGCUAAAUUAAAAAAAGAAUUGAAUAUUAUAAUAUUUAACAUAUGACAUAUGUCCAUUUAUAUAUCGGAUUAUGUUAAUACAAAUAUAGAAGAAUAGCGAAUUGAUAAAAAAUCGCCGUGAAGUUGGGAAUGAUUUCAGCUUAUACUGUUUAAGAUUACACAAUGCAGUAAUCACUCGAUCACACUGUCACAGCCAAUUGAUCUGUUCUGAUAAUUCGAGAAAUCAUCCCUUUGAUCUCAAAUGAGCUUUUAGCUGCACUUUCUCUCUUCUCGCAUCAAAACAAAAGAGAAAUGUGGAGAAGACGCAGCUAAAAAGAAAGAAGGGAAAGACUUUAUUUUAUCUAUAGCGUUAUUAUUAUAGUUCUGAACUGGGAAAAUAUCUGCAAAGAAAAGAGAGAGAGAGAGAAGGAUUCGUCGAAAUUUACAUCCGAAUAUUACGGGUGUAUCAUGUAUAUAAAUUAAUUGUUCGCAGCGUUUCGUUGUAUCAACGUGACACGCUCGUAUGAAAAGUCUCGCGGGACACCAUGAAUAAAUAAAAUCAAAUACAAUUUUA